GUUUGUAGCAGUAUCUCCACUUGGCGGCAGCACUGCGCCUUUCAGCAUGAAAGCCACAAUACCAAAAAGGCGCAGAAGAAGCGUGUAGGUGUCUGGAGGGCUUCUGUGUUUAUAUUUUCAGGAGGAAAGUGAUUUAGUAAUUCUGCAAGAUUUACCCUGUAAACACCACAAAAUGCCCAACCAUUGUGUAGCUUAUGGAUGUGGAAAGUCCUACAAGGACAAUAUUAGUAUGUUUAGAUUUCCCAAGGACCGUGGUGAGUUUCUGAAAUGGCAAAAGCAGGUACAAAGAACUCGCCACAAAUGGGUUGCCAAGAUCUCCUCUUUCUUGUGCUCUGAACACUUUAGCAAGGACUGUUUUGAACCCAGACCCACCACGGUCUCCAAAACCAUGGGUUCAAAAGGGCUCAAGCUGAAGAAAGGUGCCAUUCCGACUAUUUUUAUCCGACCGCCCUGCACAAAAUGUAGAGGCCGCAAAACCACCUGUAAAGUAUGCAGUCCAAAGGGGAAAAAGCAAAGUGUGAGCACAGAAAAUCAGAAGCCGGACUCGGAAGUUUGGCCUCCUCUAAAUGCAGACUUGGAUGCUGCAGAGAAAGAGAAUGAAACCGUGGACAAAGAACACAAUGAACAGCAUCCAUCUGAUGAAGAUGGGCAUAUAAGUCCUACAUUUGCCCCGCUUUCUCCUUUGGAAUAUGGUGAUGAUCCAGUUGACAGUAUGACUUGCUUGUUUGCAGUGGUUUGUGAGAUGUGUGGGAUUUCUGGAACCCGUGGAACUUUUUACUCCAGAUCUAAGCGCUUCUGCAGUCCUUCCUGCUCCCGCUCUUUCUCUUCAAACUCUAAAAAAUCCUCUAUAAUGGCACGGUUACAGGGAAGACCUCUUCGGAAAGCUCAUGCAGCACAGACCAAUGCUUCUCCUCAGGUGGAAGUGACAGAACGUCAUCAUGGAAGCACAGCUGUUAGGAAAGAUGCCUCAUCUGGUUUUAACUGGGGAUGCUACCUUGAGAAACAUGGCUGCCUCGCUGCUCCCGUGUCCUGCUUUAGACACGUUCCCCUCUGUGCUCAGUGGGAGGACAUUGAGGUGGGAUUGCAAGUAGAGGUCCUGAAUACUUGCACUACUUUGCUGACCAAGGUCUACUGGAUUGCCACUGUCAUUCGACUUGCUGGUUAUAUGGCCCUUUUACGUUACAUGGGAUUUGAAGAUGAUGAUCGUCAUGAUUUUUGGUGUAAUCUGGGUAUCGCUGAUGUCCAUCCUAUCGGCUGGUGUGCUGUGAACAGUAAACUACUUGUUCCUCCUCAGGAGUUCAACAAACGUAUAAGUGAUUGGAAAUCGUACUUGAUGCAGAGACUUGUAGGAGCAUCUACUAUACCUGUCGAUUUUCAUGUUAUGAUGACUGAUAGUAUGAAGUGUCCCUUCAGGCAGGGGGUCCGUGUAGAAGUAGUGGAUCGCUCUCUGGUUAGUCGAACCCGUACAGCAGUGGUAGACACUGUGAUUGGGGGUCGUCUGAGGCUUAUAUAUGAAGAUGCAGGGCUUGGAUCCUCAGGAGAGGUGCUCUCAGAUUUCUGGUGUCACAUGUUGAGCCCCCUUAUACACCCCAUAAGCUGGUCAGUUCGAGUGGGACAUCUCAUUAAGGAGACAGAUAAGUCUGUUGAUAUGAGCAGUCAUCCAGCAUUCCGUAAGGUUUUCUGUGACAGUGUGCCAGGUCAGUUCAAAAAGUUAAGGACUGUUUAUUUGGAAGGAGGGUUUUUCAGAGAGGGCAUGAAACUGGAGGCCAUCGAUCCUCUGAACCUGGGGAACAUCUGUGUAGCUUCAAUUCGAAAGGUUCUCUUUGAUGGAUAUCUCAUGGUCAGUAUUGACGGUGUGGAGAUUGGAGAUGGCUCAGACUGGUUUUGCUACCAUGCUAGCUCACAUGCCAUCUUACCCACAGGAUAUUGCCAAAGCAAUGACAUAUCCCUCACUCUACCCCCUGGAUACGAUCAGGCAACAUUCACAUGGGACAAAUAUUUGGAAGAAACAGGAGCAGAGGCUGCUCCACGCAGACUGUUUAACACUGAUGCUGUACAACAUGGCUUUGUCCCAGACAUGAAGCUUGAGGCAGUGGACCUAAUGGAGCCUCGGUUGGUGUGUGUGGCUACUGUGCAGCGCUGCGUGGGUCGCCUGCUUCUGCUGCACUUUGAUGGCUGGGAGUCAGAGUUUGAUCAGUGGGUGGACUGUGAAUCCCCUGAUAUCUAUCCUGUGGGCUGGUGUGAGCUUACUGGAUAUCAGCUUCAGCCCCCCAUUGGCCCAGAACCACUGGAACGUACAAGCAAAAAAUCGGCAGGUAAAAAAAAGAGAAGAUAUGUAAAGAAAAAAACAAGUGAUGAUGCAUCAAAAACUUCAGUGUCUCAGCAAGAUGAACAUCUCCAGUCAGACCAUCACCCUAUACCUACUCGUUCUCAAGACAUGCCGUCUCUACCUGCAGACACACACAUGCGGCCUGUGAACAUGCCACUCAUUACUCUAAAAACUGAGCCAGAGGAAGAGAGUACGUACUGCUCGUGUUCUAAAAUAUGUUUUCUCAUUUACUUGAAUAUAAUAAUCGUACGUGAAAUGCUUUUUUUCUUUGCAGUUAUUUCCUUUAAAGUGAAAGUGGAGGAGAUGGAGAUGGAGACACCGAUCACUCCGGAUGUUGAAGACAAUGAAGACAAUGGAAUCCAAACCCCUCCAUUUUCCUUACUGAAAGAAGAAAGUCUAGAGUGAUGCUUUAGACUGGAUGGCUAUGUACUGAUGGAGAUUAUAGGAAUACUCUUAUCUCUUUAGGUAAAAGAGAGGGGGGGGAGACAACAUUCUGUUAUUUUGUAUACUAUUUCUUGUUUUUUUGUACCCUUUUCUUUUUCAUUCAAUAAAAACUUUGGUAGUAGCUAUAAAUUAUA